UGCCCCGGGAAGCACGAGCCAAUGAGCAGCGGGCGUGUUGGCGCGGCGCGCAGGCGCGCUGGGGGCGGGCGGCCGCGGCCUCAUGUGGAGGUCAGGGGAGCGGCGGGGCGGGAGGGCGGUGGAGGGAAUUCCAACGGGGGCUGGAGCUGCAGGGGUGAAAUGGCUGCGAAGGUGUUUGAGAGCAUCGGGAAGCUCGGCCUGGGUUUGGCUGUUGCAGGUGGAGUCGUGAAUUCUGCUCUGUACAACGUGGAUGCAGGACACAGGGCCGUGAUCUUCGACCGGUUCCGAGGGGUGCAGGACGUGGUGGUGGGGGAAGGGACCCACUUCCUGAUCCCCUGGGUGCAGAAGCCCAUCAUCUUCGACUGCCGCUCCCGCCCCCGCAACAUCCCCGUCAUCACCGGCAGCAAAGGUGAGCCCUGGCACGGGGAACGGGGCACUGGGGCUGCCCAGGGUUUGUUCCCUCCUGCUGGGAGUGGAGAUGGGGCCCUAAAGCAACGGCCCUAAACUGAGCCACAACUU